UUCGAACUAACAAGGGAAAGUGAUGCUCAGAGAGGAGGACAGAGGACUCGGAGGAUGCAUUAAAAGGGCGAUGAAGUUAUUUGAAGCGGGUUCUCGUCGCAGCGUUAUAGCUACGCACCAAUGAUUCAUUUAGUUUAGUGUUUUAUCGCCACGAAUCGCGGAGUGGAUUUUUUUUGCAAAGGAGAAAGCGAUAGUCGAUAUCGGAUGGUAGGUGAAAGAAAAGAAACAGGAGGGUUUUAUGUGUGUAAUAAUGACUUAAAGGCUACAGCGGACCGUCACUUAAUUUCUGAUUUACAGCUUGAUUAGCGUGGAACUUCGCAAUUACAAGGAAAUAAAACCCCGUUUUUAUUUUCUAUCUCAAUGGAUGGAGGGACAAGCAAAGGAAGGGGUGUUUUAUAAUAUAGAACAACCUCCCUUUGGAUUAAACGGAGAAAAAAAAAGAUGAAUGUGCUUUUCCCCUGACUGGUCCGGCAAUCCAGAAGGAGCUCCACUUCAAUUAGCGAGGACAUCUGAGGAUGCUUCUUUUCUCCUAAAGCUAGAGCCGAGCGAACAAUGGCACGUAAUUACAAAUAACUUCGUUUUAGGCUUUUCAUUCGAGGCGAGGAAGAGAAGUCAGAUAUUUUUUCGAAAGAGAAAUUGAAGUACUUGCAACCGAAGUGGUUAGUUGGAAUUGAAUGCCGAAUGUGGAUGUGAUAUCUUACAUUUUUCAUUCUAAUGACCACUUCAUUGACCAAAAGAAGGAGCGUUUACUGAUUAAAACAUCUCUACAAAUCAUGGACAUUCUCCAUUUCCCUGGAAUUACAAGCUUUUUUUUUGGGGAUGUACAGUGUUGCAUCUGACUGACUCUCAAACAACAUCCCGAUGAGAAGAAGCGCCUUCACAGCCUGGCAAACAGCAGACAGUCAAACAGCAGGAAAAGGCAUCCGGCGAGUCAAUGUGGAGUCCAUUAGCGCUCCCUGCCAGAUCUCCCUCCGAGCUGAAACAGCACCUACUCAGCUUUGGUGUCAGAAGGUGAAAGAAAACACGCCACAAAUCCAAGGUCUAAAUGGACUUCUGAACUGUCUACUGUAAAGAACCCUUAUACUGGUUGAACUGUGCUAUAAAAGGCAAGCGGAGACGAGGAGAGCUUGCAUGAUGGCUCCAGAAGGUAUAGGGGAGCUUCGAGACUUGCUCUUUCUCCUGUUGCUAUGCUUCACGCUAUUGGCUGAGCUACUGGAGAUGACUGCAGCGUCCUCACAAGGAUUGGAUGGGGAGGAUGACAUAGUGUGCCCUUCUGUGUGCCGCUGUGAUGAGGACUUCAUUUACUGCAACGACCGUGGAUUGAGCGCAAUCCCACCUUUGCCACCAUCCGCAACUGUUCUUUAUCUUCAGAACAAUCACAUUGACAACGCAGGGCUUCCUAGGUCCUUGGAGUAUCACACUACUGUGCGUGUUAUAUAUCUCUAUGAUAACGAGCUGGAUGAUUUCCCCAUGCAUUUGCCACCUUCGAUAAGAGAGCUCCACCUCCAGGACAACAACAUUAGAGUGUUGCCAAGGGCUGCACUUGCUAGACUUCCACUCCUUGAGAAGUUACAUCUAGACGACAACUCUGUUUCUACAGUAAGCAUUGAGGAUCAAGCCUUUGCGGACAACCCUCGAUUGCGCCUACUCUUCCUUUCCAGAAACCACCUUUCCAGCAUCCCAUCUGGUCUUCCUGCCUCACUCGAAGAGCUUCGUUUAGACGACAACCGAAUCUCAACUAUUCCCACGCAUGCCUUCCGAGGUUUGUCCUCUUUACGUCGCCUAGUCCUGGAUGGUAAUCUUUUAGCGAAUCAACGUAUAGCCGAUGAUACCUUCUCACGCCUGUCAAACCUUACAGAACUCUCCCUGGUGCGUAAUUCACUUCAGACACCUCCCCUUAAUUUGCCCAGUGCCCAUCUGCAAAGACUCUCCCUACAGGACAAUAAUCUCAUACACGUGCCUCGGGGCUCACUUGAUGGAAUGCGCAGACUACAGCGCCUAGAUCUUUCUGGAAACAAUCUGACUACCCUUCCUAGGGGGUUGUUCAGAGAUUUGGAUACUCUCGGGCAGUUGCUUGUGCGGGGAAACCCAUGGCACUGCGGGUGCAAUUUGCGCUGGCUUCAUGACUGGCUUGAGGCAAAAGGGAACACAAUUACCGUGAGAGGCUUUAUAUGUCUGACACCAGAGAGAGUCCGAGACAUGGCUCUCAGAGAUCUUACGAAUCAAAUGGAUGAAUGUGAGCUGGCUGCUGCAGGGGGUGGAGGAGUAGGAGCAGGAGUUGGGGUUGGUGGGAACAGGAUGAGUGGAGGAGCUGUUUCUACCACACUUUCUCCCCCUCAAGGAUCCCUCUUUACUCUCAGAUCCAAGCGACCAGGCUUGGGACUUCCAGAUUCAGGGCUGGACUACACAUUAAGCAGCAGUGGUGUUGGGAAGAACCUGGCUCUAAAUGUGAAACCCCUAUCACAUGAUAGUAUCCGCGUUACUUGGAGUGUAGCACAAACAUCUUCAUCCUUUCGAUUAAGCUGGCUUCGCCUGGGAACGAGUUCUGCUAUGGGUUCCAUCACAGAAACCUUAGUUAGGGGUGACCGGCGAGAGUACCUACUAACUUCCCUACAGCCUGCUUCAAGCUACAUCAUCUGCAUGGUGCCUCUAGUGUCUAACAGUGGAAGCAGAAGUGGUUUGCCUGGGGGGGACGCAGAAUCAAAUGACGUUCCCGUUUGCGCCAGAACUGAAACAUCUGAUCCCAACCAGCCGGAUGAUGAACAAGGCGAAACCGAAGGCUCUGAUCAAAUGACUUCUCUUCCACUUGCUGGAAUUAUUGGAGGUGCUACUGCAAUAGUUUCCCUAGCUCUGAUCAUUGCAAUCUUUUGCUGGUAUGGGCAUCGUGCCGGACGCUUCACAUCACGAGACCACUACAGUCAUAGUAGUGCUCGCAAAAGCAAGAACUAUGACGAUUACAUUGAGUCAGGCACAAAAAAAGACAAUACCAUCCUUGAGAUCAGAGGUCCUGGAUUCCAGAUGACACCGAUGGCAACAAGGCAGCCCAUUCAGCCCAAACCAGUCCGAGAGGAUUACAUUAUACACACCAUCUUCCCCUCAAAUGGCACAGGUUUAUACAAGCCAUCCCAAAACAUCACCAACUCUGGCUACGGUACCAACCGUGGCUAUAGAGAAGGAGGUAUUCCAGAUAUAGAUUACUCUUACACAUGAUAGCUCUGACUUAGAAAACAUAAUUAGAAGUUAUGUAUUGCAUAGAUACACCGUUUUUAAUCAACAUGGGCUCUGCAGAAUCCCUUUGUGCCUUUUGGUCUCCAUUACAAUGUAGCCUGCUGUUCAUGACACUAUUAAACUUUUAAUUGGCCCAGAUGCUUAUAGGAAGCAUUAUAAAUGUGGUGCCAGGAGGCGAUGAUGCCAUUUCAGGUGGUGAUACCAAAUGCUAUUUUCACCUCCCGGUGUAAUGAUCAGUGUCCCUGACAUUGCUGUUUUAUCUCUGGCUGGUGCACUGAGGUGAAUUCAAGGGCAUCCCACACCGCAUUCAGCUCCCAGACUGUUCAUAGAGCUCAAUGCCUACAUGGGAGAGAAAGAGAGACUAUCGUCUCGUAAAAAUAAACAUUCUGCUGUACAUUUUAAUAUUUGUCUGCUAUGAGCUGGAUUUCAUCCAAGAUUGUGAGUCCUGCAUCAAGCAAGAUAAUCUCUCUGCUAGGAGGAAACUGGAAAUGGCAAGUGAUCUUUCUGAGAAAUGCAUGGGAUCACAUGUAUAGUUGAUUUUUGGGGAUAUGAGCUGGAGAACAUGACUACGAUUCCUAAUAAAUUUAAAACAAGCAGAAACAUGGCCACAAAAACUACAGCAAGGUUUGAAAUGCCUCAAAAACUAAAUAAAUAUGAAAUCUCAUUCACUUGAAAGCUGCCUGAUGCUACUCUCAUAACGUCUAAGAAGCGUUAUAGUGACUGUUCAAGUUUCAGACUGGUGUAAAGUUGGUAAGAUGAUUGAAAUGGGCUUAUGUGUUUUGAGGAACUGUUCAUUUUUUUUUAUAACUGCAACUAAACCCUGGUGUGUUGAUAGAUACACAAGUACGCAAGUUAGAUAUUGGACACCAUCAUGACUCUCUUUUUUUACUCUGAUUGCUGUUUGUUUUACUUUAUUUUAUUACUAUGAAAGGCCUGCUGAUAGCCAAAAUGUAAUAUUCAAACAUGGGUUUUCACUUACUCAAGGUUAAAUCCCCCAAUCAAUCAGAGCCAGACAAGCCAAGCUCUCUCAUUAUUUAAACAAACUGUCAAAGUGUUCACCAACAUGAAGGUCUCACCUCUUGUAUUUGUCAAAAUCACAUCAAUAUGAAGGAAUCUUUCCCUACAAAAAUUCUAAAUGUGCUUGUUUCAAAAAGAUUGUUAUGUUUCUAUAAAUAUUUUCCACAAAGACUGUUCUGUUAAGCUGGCUUAUGGUUUGCAGGUUGCUUCUUAGCCACAUUCUUAGCACAAAAUAAUAUUCUUUAAUCACUUACAUUACCUAGAGAUGAUGUUCACCACAGCUUCAGGUCUUAGGAAGAAGAAGACAAAGGGUUUUAGAAGGAAACCAGGAAUUUGUACCAUAACACUGUGGACCUUCACUGUGGAGAUAGAGAGUGUAUCAGAAUGUUGUAUAAUUUUGUAAGGUGGUGAUUUUCUUUUUUUGCUAAAAAUAAUUAUUUUUCCUUGUGUCAAUGCUUUCAUCCCAUUCAUUAAAGCCAGCAGUUAGACAAUAAAAAGAUAUUCUAAUAUUA